AGAGGGAGUUGUCUAACAGCAGAGGGUUGUUUUGGUGACUGUUGGCCUAAGACUGUCCAGUCAGUACUUAAAGAUGCUGCUCUCUUUUGGCUGAAGUCAUCGAGGUGAAAACUUUUUUGACUGGGUGCUUCCUUUUAUUAUAGCCAGAUCAUCCCUGUGUGGGACUACUGUCACAGCUCUUCUGCUGGGCUGGGAGGGAAAGCUUAAACUUCACAUUAUAGGUGACACAUCCUUUUUUCCCCUCUUUAUUUUACUCUGUGGAUGCCUUCAGUUGCCAACUCCCAACCUGUCUGAUCGGCGUCUUUUUGCUGGGUCCUGACGACGAGAAGGAUGGAGACGAGCCCCAUCCCGGUUGUGACGGUCCAAACCGCCCCCUUCGAUGACCAGCGGCCCGGUACCAACGGGCUGCGGAGGAAAACAGCAGUGUUUGAGGGGAAGAAGAACUACUUACAGAAUUACAUCCAGAGUGUGUUGUCUUCUAUCGACCUGAGGGACCGACAGGGCUGCACCAUGGUGGUGGGCAGCGACGGCCGCUACUUCAGCCGAGCUGCCAUCGAGGUGAUAGUGCAGAUGGCAGCUGCCAACGGGAUUGGUCGCCUUGUAAUUGGUCACAAUGGCCUCCUAUCCACCCCUGCCGUGUCCUGCAUCAUCAGGAAGAUCAAGGCAAUCGGUGGGAUUAUCCUCACGGCAAGUCACAAUCCUGGAGGCCCUGGUGGAGAUUUUGGAAUCAAGUUCAAUGUGGCAAAUGGAGGCCCAUCUCCAGAUACAGUGAUGGAGAGGAUCCACCAGGUGAGCCGGACACUGGAGGAGUAUGCCAUCUGUCCAGAUCUGCGCAUUGAUCUGUCUAGACUGGGAAGACAAGAGUUUGAUCUUGAGAAUAAGUUCAAACCUUUCAGAGUGGAGAUUAUAGACUCAACUGAAGUGUAUCUACAGCUGCUGCGAAACAUCUUUGACUUCUCUGCUAUAAAAAGUCUCCUCACAGGACCAAAUCAGCUAAAGAUACACAUAGAUGCCAUGAACGGAGUGAUGGGCCCCUAUGUUCGCAGGAUCCUGUGUGAUGAAUUGGGAGCUCCUGCCAACUCUGCUGUCAACUGUGUCCCUCUGGAGGACUUUGGUGGUCGACCUCCUGAGCCCAACCUGACCUAUGCCACCUCCCUGGUAGAUGCCAUGAGAGGAGGUGACUUUGGCUUUGGAGCAGCAUUUGAUGCAGAUGGGGACCGAUACAUGAUCCUUGGAGAAAACGGCUUCUUUGUGAACCCCUCAGACUCAGUCGCCAUCAUGGCUGCUAACCUCUCCACCAUCCCCUACUUCAGGCAGCAUGGGGUCAGAGGCUUUGCAAGGAGUAUGGCUACCAGCACUGCCCUUGACAGGGUUGCCAAAGCCCUGAAACUUGCACUGUAUGAGACACCAACUGGCUGGAGGUACUUUGGAAACCUGAUGGAUUCUGGGCGUUGUUCCCUGUGUGGGGAGGAGAGCUUUGGGACAGGAUCCAACCAUAUUCGUGAGAAAGACGGCUUGUGGUCAGUGUUGGUGUGGUUGUCCAUCAUAGCAGCCAAAAAACAAGGAGUGGAGCAGAUUGUCAGAGAACACUGGGCCAAGUUUGGACGCAACUAUUUCUGCAGAUUUGACUAUGAAGGGCUUGACCCUCGUGCAGCCUUCUACCUGAUGAAGGAUGUUGAGGCUGUAAUGUCAGACAAAGCAUUCACCAGUCAGAAGUUUGCUGUUGGGGACCACAUCUACAGCGUGGAGAAGGCUGAGAACUUUGAGUACAUUGACCCCGUGGAUGGAACAGUGGCUCGAAAUCAGGGUUUAAGGAUUGUCUUCAGUGAUGCAUCCCGUCUGGUGUUUCGGAUGAGCGGAAGCGGUGGAGGGACGGGCGCCACCAUCCGAAUUUAUGCUGAGAGCUUUGAGAGAGACCCCGAGAGGCACAAUAGAGAGACUCAGGUGGUGCUCGGUCCUCUUAUUGCCAUCGCCUUGAAGAUCUCUAACAUUCAUGAGAGGACAGGACGCCAUGGUCCAAACGUCAUCACAUGAGCCAGCAGGGGUGACACAGAAACACUCGUGUGCACACAUGAAAUAUGCAUCUACCUGCUCACUCUGAGAAAAUUAUAUUCAAAUUACCCUGUGUUGUACUUAUCAACUUUUUUUAAUCCCUGUUUUUGCAGCUUCAGUCCUUUUUUUUCACUUUUCUUUUAAUUGUGUCAAACUGAGAUGUUUUCUGCUGGACUGCUGGACUUCACUCAAAAACCAAACUCAUGUUGCACCAAGUUAUUUCAAGUUAUUCUAUCAUCUAUCGUCUAUUAAAACACCAAAGGUAUCUCAUUGUGGCUAUGGAUAAAUGAUGACAAAUAUGCAAACAAUAAAUACAAUAUGAAUGUGCAUGAUUAUUAGCAUUUGUGAUGGUUUAGGGUUUAAUUCAAUGAGAGGAUGCAAAAAUAUGUUCUUGUUUACUGAAAGUACAGUGUUCACUUUUAAUAUUUUUAUUUCACUGUUUCCCAUAACAUAAUCAUUUUUAUUAAUUUAAUUCGUAAGGUGAAUUAUUAUACCUUGCGUCCUAUUUACUUUUCUACUUAAGGGCAGGGUAUUCAAACUGUGAAGUGGCUAAUGGUAAGACAAGGAAGAAGAAAAAAACAUUCAAAAUUAUAUUUGGCUUUAAAAGAAAAUCUAAAUAAACAUUAUUGUGUGU